AUGUCCCAAGUGGAAGCCCUCGCAGACCCCAAACUUUGCUCGCUCCUAAAGGGUCUCCGUACGGACAUCGCCAUGGCCGUGGACGACGCCUUCCCGCUGGUUCACGGCUUGGCCGACAAGCACGUCAUCAGUGAGCAGAGGCUGAAGGACACCGUGGAGCAGGAGGGCAGAGAAGGGAUCCACAAGGCCUUGUACUCGCUGCUCUCCUGGGUACUGGACCAGAGUACUUCCACCGUGCGGGGCUUCUGGAGGAACCUGAACAAGGCCUACAACCUGGACAGCUACCCCAAGCUGCGACCACUCCUCGCUCCCCACAGUGCCGCCAGCGACGUUGCGUCUCCUCCAGGCAAGAGGACUCAUGGAAAAAAGAGGAGCCACAAGGAUAGAGAUGAUCAAUAUCGCACCAAGUCAAGCGACGGAUCUGCAGAGGGUAAAGUGAAGCUGUACAAAGUGAAGAGUGAAGUUCCUCCCCAGCAAGCAACAUGUGGCAAUACGUCAGUCCAGAAAGGAGGAGUCCCCUCGUCUUCAUCGUCUCUCUCCACCGGUGAGCUGUCAGGCAAGUGUGGAUCAUCUAAAGAGAAGUUCUUUAGCCCAGAUGGUAAGUCAUCCUCAGCUGAGGCAACACGCCGUGAAUUUAACAAAAAGCUACUACGAACAGUAUGUUCUAUUUUCCCUUGUGAAGGCAGCACUUUAUCUCCAAGAUGUCCAAUUACACUACCAGUUUGGCAGUCAGAAUUAGUGAACAAUUCUUACAAAAGGUGGGAGGAGGCCUCGCUCCACGCUGACCGUCCUAAUCAACACUACAUCCUCCCGAUCAGACUGAAGAUUUUGAGUGAGGUCCUUUUCAAAAGCAAGCUGCAUCACAUGGGCCUUGCAUCUGGGCAGCAUCCUCCGCAAUGGUCUGAGCAAAAAGAGCUCUCUUACAUUGCCUUUGAAGCUCCUAAGAUGAGGGCAAACACUUCAGACACCCAACUAUUUGUAUACAGACAUUUAAAAAGUCAAUUUUCCAUAAAUGGCACUCUUAGAUGUCUAUGUACACAUUGCAUGCAUUUGCCUGAUGUUUCCUCCUCAGGUUCUGCAAGAAAGUACAUCAAAGUGCCAGGAGACUUUAUCAAACGUAAAGAGCUGAAGUCCAAAGCUGCCAUGGCAACCUUUCAACACAAGACGGAGACAACAGCAGGCUCUGCACAGAGUCACCACAACGACGACGAGUGCGCUGCGUGCACAGACGGAGGCGAGUUGAUCUGUUGUGAUGGAUGUCCACGAGCUUUUCAUUUAACCUGCCUGGACCCUCCGCUCACAUCGAUCCCCAGGUUCAAGCAUGCACCUUCAAGAGAGCCGCUUAAAGGAGACGUCAUACGCCAGGGCGUCGUGACGAAGCGAGCGCCUACGCAGUGUUGCCAAUUUAGAGACUUUUCUGACCCCUCUCGCCAGGAUUUUUUUUUUAAACAUUUUGUGACUUUUGUUGUGUUAUUGGAGACCCCUCCCCAGUCAGAAUCGCCAUCACUCGCUAAUUUAUGCAUAAAUUGUGCCCGCAGCGGUUAUUGGCGAUGUGAGGGCUGCAGUGGCAGAGUGGGGAAAGAAGAGAAAACCCAGCAAGCUUUGCAACGUCCACGGACAAAAUCUAACACCUCUACUGUAGACAUGUCAUUCUUCCCCUUGCUGUCCUCUUCCACAGCCUCCGCCAAGGAGUGUCCAGACUCGUGUGGUAUUUGUCACCUGGGAGGAGGAGACCUCGCCCGCUGCUUCCAGUGUUCCAAGCGAUACCAUCGCCACUGCCACUUCCCCAAUGGGAGAUCCAUCUGCCUGUCGUGCUCCAUGGCGUUGGUCAGCACUGCAGAAAAGGAGGCCGAAUCAAAAUGUUUGCAGCUUCCCAUCCCGGUCCACAACCCACACGGCCAUGACCAGCGCUCAUCCGUACAUAAAGACGAAUUGGACUCCAUCCUGGGAGAUGCCUCCCUGGAUAGCAUCCUGCAAUGGGCUUUCCAUAACAUCCCUCAACCUCUUCUAAAUUCUCACGGAUGCUAACAGUGACUUGGAGUCAAGCACCUUCCAACUACGACUGCUACUUGUACUGUUACUAUGACUACUAUUGAAAACAAUUAAGUCAUUGUGCUUAAUAACAGCAAAGAACGCUGAGGAAUGCUGCAAAAGAGGAAACUGAAGUCAGUUGUUUUGCAUUUAAUGGCAUUUCAAGUUUUAAAGAAGACUGUAAUAAUAUGAUAAUAAUAUUUCACAUUAAUCAAAGUGUGACUGCAGAACAAAAUGUCUUGAAAAAUAUGCUCUUUAAAAGAAAUGUAAGAAAAUCACAAAAAAAAUCUACUUAAA